ACUAGGGCCCCUGCGUAGUCUUCCCCCACACUGACUUCGCUCUCGCAGCCAGCCAGACAGCCACUCUUCCCGCUCUCGCCUAGGUCUGCACUGCCACCGCCACCGCCGCCGCGCUUUGCCCGCGCUCUGCUCCCUCAGGCCGCGCAUCUGUGACCAGGUCCGCCGCUGCCGCCGUCACCACCACUGAGCCUCAGACUCUGAAGUCUCGGCGCCCGCGAUCGCACCAGCUUCUUGGCCUUAGACACCCUACGCUCUGGGCUGACGCGGAAGCGCAGCCAUCCCCGCCACCGCCACCAUGGCCAACACUGGAGCCACGCGCCGCCACCGCCGCCGCGCCGCCGCCGCCGCCGCCGCAGCCGCCGCGGCCGCCGCGGCAGAUCGCCCGCCGCCCACCACGGCCCAGCAGCAAACAGGUAGCAGGAAACGGAAAGCGCCGGCUAUCGAGGCCGGCGCCGGGAGCUCCUCGUCGCAGGGCUUGGCGGCGGCGGACGGAGAGGGGCCGCUAUUACCUAAGAAGCAGAGGCGGCCGGCGACGCGUCGCUGGCUGGUGCACUAUCUGAAGGGCCGGGAGGUAGGCGCCCGGGGCGCAGCGGGGCUCCAGGGCUUCGAGAGCGAGCUGCGGGGCUACGCGGUACAGAGGCUGCCCGAGCUGCUGACGGAGCGCCAGCUAGACCUGGGCACCCUCAACAAGGUGUUCGCGUCUCAGUGGCUGAACUCCAGGCAGGUGGUGUGCGGCACCAAGUGUAACACGUUCUUCGUGGUGGAUGUGCAGUCGGGCCACAUCACACGCAUCCCCCUCAUGCGGGACAAGGAUGCCGGCCUGGCCCCGGCCCAUCAUGGCUGCGGCAUCCAUGCCAUCGAGCUGAAUCCCUCCAAGACGCUUCUAGCCACUGGCGGCGAAAACCCCAACAGCCUGGCCAUCUACCGGCUGCCCACCCUGGAUCCCCUGUGCCUGGGCGACCGCCAUGGCCACAAGGACUGGAUCUUUGCCAUCGCCUGGCUGAGUGACACCGUGGCUGUGAGCGGCUCCCGCGACGGCACCGUGGCGCUGUGGCGGAUGGACCCGGACAUGUUCCAUGGCAGCAUUGCCUGGCACAGUGAGGUGGGUCUCCCCGUAUAUGCCCACAUUCGUCCGAGGGAUGUGGAGGCCAUACCCAGGGCCAGCACCAACCCGAGCAACCGCAAAGUGCGGGCCCUGGCCUUCAGCGGCAAGAACCAGGAGCUGGGAGCGGUGUCCUUGGAUGGCUACUUCCACCUGUGGAAAGCCCGGAGCACAUUAUCCAGGCUGCUGUCCAUCAGGCUGCCCUACUGCCGAGAGAAUGUAUGCCUGACCUACUGCGAUGAAUUGUCCGUGUACGCUGUGGGCUCUCAGUCCCACGUGUCCUUCCUGGAUCCACGCCAGCGCCAGCACAACAUCCGGCCCCUGUGCUCUCGAGAGGGUGGCACGGGCGUGCGGUCGCUGAGCUUUUACCGCCACCUGAUCACUGUGGGCACCGGCCAUGGCUCCCUGCUCUUCUAUGACAUCCGCGCCCAGAAGUUCCUGGAGGAGAGAGCCUCCGCGAGCCUCGACUCCACUCCGGAACCUGCAGGGAAGAAGCUCAAGCUCGACUGUGGCAGAGGCUGGCUCAACCAGGAUGACGUCUGGAUGAACUACUUUGGUGGCAUGGAAGAGUUCCCCAACGCCCUCUACACCCACUGCUACAACUGGCCCGAGAUGAAACUCUUUGUAGCUGGGGGACCUCUCCCUUCAGGUCUCCAUGGGAACUACGCCGGCCUCUGGAGCUAAGGAUGGACGCCUUGUUCUCAAAGUGCACAGGUUUACCUUUCGGUUCUGCCUCACUUUCCUUCUUCAUGCUGCAUUUGUGCUUUUAAUUUUGUGUGGCUUUUGUCUUCCAGGUGGAACCAGUCCAACUUACGUGUGCCUCGUGUAUUAGGCAGAGAAAGAAAGAGAAAGAGAGAACUGGAACAAUGCAGUGGGUGUGAGAGAGCACAAGUGGUCCUUUGGACAGUCAAAACUUUGGCUUUAAAACUCUCAUUCACGUUUCCCAACAGCAGUAUAUUUUUGCCUUCUCAUUCAAAGAGUUUUCACUGAACCUUAAUUGUGUUCUGUCUUUAACAGAUUCACGUAGCCUCCUUCUUUAGGCUGAUGCAGUCAUAGUCUUCACUACUAUUCAGUGCGUUAGUUUGAUUAAUAUUGCAAUAGUAUUCAGAUCUUGUACACAUGUUAGAUGUAUGGUGUUUUAGGGAAAUGUGUGCUACAAAGCAUCUUUGGGGCUGUUCUGAGGAACUACCCAUCAUUUAUAGCCUUACUCUAAUUAGAAAAUACAGUUCAGGUUCUAGAUUGCCACCAUUCUAGAGUGUGGCACACACCAUUUUAGGGUGUGAUUCAUUUGGAUGUUGGAAACUCAAUGUCUGUUGCUUGUAUAUUGUUGAUGUGUAAAAUGCUUUAAAAAUAUGUUCUUAGUCAGAAAUCUUACAAUAUUGUUCAUACUAUUAAUCAAUAAUUUUGGUUAUUCAGUAAAACUUUACCAUCACUAUCCUCAGGCCCUCAGUAUUCUUGUUUAAAGCCAGUGUAUUGUGGCCUGCUUUUCUAUGCUACAGAUUUUCAGAAAUAUUCAAUAUUGAUCUAUAUAUGUAGUAGGGCAAUCAGGGAGGUAUGGGGUGGGGUGGGGGGGAACUCUUUAAAUUCAGGUAGCUAUUUGCAGUGAAAAACCAGUUGUGGCAGUUGUGCUGAGAGUAGGUGUUGUUGAUUUUUUAUUACUGUAUACAUAGAUAAUUCUGGAUCCAGUAUGUGAUGUAUUGCGGAAAAAUAAAUAAAAUAUGUUCAGCAUCUUAGCAAUUAAGUGGGAGACUUAAGUUCUUAAUGCUUAAAUAUAUGCUUUAUUUUCUAUUUGUCUUUCUGGGAACAUAUUUAUCAAAGUCAAAACUUUCCAGGACAGAGGCUGAAUCUGAAGCAUCAGCUAUGUAGACAUUAUUCUGUACAUCUCUUUUUGAAAAUGAAACUUAUGGUUAUAAGUUAAAAGAUUACAAAAUAACAUCUGGAAUACAUUAUGAAAAUAUACUUGUGUAAAGUAGGAUGGCUAGGUGUUUUUUUAAGAUGACUGAACAAACCAUUUUUAAUUUAUACCAAUAUACAUGUACUUACAACUACUUACAUAUACAAUAUAUUUGAAUAUCUGUUUGCAUAUGUUAGUUCCCAUGUGAGGAGAAGGCAUAUAUGUACAUCAUUUUAUAUGUGCAGCUAUUUCUCAUAUGUUGAACUACCUAUAUUAAGACUUACCACUUGGUCUUUGUGUUUUGUUUUAUGCCAAUUUAGAAUAAUUUUAAUACAAGCACAUGAUCAAGAAAACAUACUGUAUAAAAAGUAUACAGUUAAAAGUAAAUCUCAAACCCCAGGGUCACUAGUUUAUUGCCCAUAGAUUAGCACCAGUAUAUUUUUUUGUGAAUACACAUUUAGAUUUAGUCUAUAUAUAUAUAUAUAUAUAUAUAUGAACAUAUGUAUGUGUGUUUACAAUUUUUAUACAAGCAAUAAUGUACUGUACAUAUCUGUGCCUUUUUAAUCACAAGAUCUCAGAGAUUUUUUCUUAUACGUAUCUACUUAAUUUUACUGCAUACUGUUCUAUUGUGUGAUGGGAAUACACUUGAUUUCUUCAUUA